AUGUCACAGGACGCUAAAGAUGUUGUACCAGGUGGACUGAGUCCGCUGAAACCGGCCGAUGCAGAAGUGCAAAAGAUUUGCGAUCAGGUAUCAGUUUAAGCUAGCAUGUGAGGCAGCUCCCUCAUGAUAUAUUAUUUCUUUCUCCGCUUAACUUCGAAAUGCCUUGUUUGGCGAUAGCUGACAACCCGCGUAACCCACGGCUGGAAAGCGUGCGUAACGAUCGAGCUUCAAGGCAAUACGCGACCUUUCAAAGCAUAUAUAAGGACUGAUUUCUAAUGCGAAAAAAAGAUAUAGAAAGUUAUUUAACCUAGAAAUAUCCGUUAUAUAUGUUCCUUGUUUCUCCAUGUCGUUUUCUUCAGCGGUUGGUUUGAGCAAAAUAUGAGAGCACGCGUCAAAUUGCCACCCGCGAGAAAGGUGACACUCGGAGGGAAGACAGAAACAUUACAUUUCCGGCUUUGUAAACAAACGAUGAACAUGCAGCUUAAAUAUAUAUUGCCAGUAUAAUUGAUGCGAUAGAAGUUCAUUUGGUUGCAAUCAUGAUAACAAUUAUUGUUCUAAACCCUACUCGCACGACUUUUGUGAUUAAAAACGAAGAAAACAAGGGAAAAAAAUGAGUGGAAGGCUUUUAGCCGGAAUAUUAUUGUUGCACAGUAGAACCUCGAUAUAACGAACGGCCUAUUAGGACGGGCAAGACGAAGUUUCAUUAUAUCGAGGUUCUUUUAAUUCAUAUGGUUUGCUAUUACUGGGGUAAAGAACAACUGUCGUUAUACCGAUCGACGUUAUAUCGAGGUUCCACUUUAAAUAGGUAGAUGGUACCAUCAGAGCAGAGGUGGGGAAGGUAUAGUUAGGGCGUAUGUAACCGGGGUUUUACGGUAUUUAUUAUUUCGAACCUCUUUACUAAAGGGGGGUGAAAAAUAACUUCAACUUGUCUCUCCAACAGGUGAAGCCCCAAGCAGAGGAAAUGGCAGGGCAAGUCUUUCAAGAAUUUAAAGCCAUAUCAUAUAAGACUCAAGUUGUAGCUGGAAAAAAUUACUUCAUUAAGGUUAGCCAAGAACGUUCCAAGUAACUAUGUACGCGCCCAUAGUCAUUAUGACAUCAACGAAAGAGUGGGGAGUGGGGUAGGGGAAAUGUAAAGCAUUGCGUUUGCCAAUUAUUAUUCAAGUAUGUAAUGAUUCCUGAGUUAACUCAAGCGUUGUCUGUUUCCGUAAUCACUCAUAAUAUUCUCAUAACACGGCUUUCCACUCAAACGGUCUGCCAGGAACCGGUGUAUUAGCCAUCAUCCUCGCUUUUAUCCUCUUUUAUAUAAUUGUCUGUUAGAACCAAUGCGUGUGAUCAUUAAACUUAAACUGAAACUCAAGAGUUAUAUUGGAUCAAAAUUCCACAAUCAAUAAAAAGAAAUAACAUUUGUUAGAUUAGAUUAGUGUCCCCUGGGUUUCGCUAUCAAAUCGAUUUCUUCUGUGUAUCGACAUUUUAACAUUUUCAAUGCUGAAAGUUCAUAAUUGACUCACACAUUACAUAUGGGAUCUACAGUGCAAUCUCGAUUUCUGGAACACUGGGUGUUUCGAAAUCCCCGAUAAUUCGAACUAAACCUAACUUUCUUUAUCAGCCACACAGCGUAAUUUUACCUCCGAUUUUUCAAACCUCCCCAACAUUCGAACCAGUUUGAUUUUCCCAAUGUUUUCCGAUGAAUCAGGGUUCCACUGUAUACCUUACUCGAGGGUGGGUCCUUUAAACUGUUAAAAUAUUCUACCUACAGGUUCAUGUUGGCGGUCCUUCCUACGUUCAUUUGCGCGUUUUGCAGUCUCUGCCAGGUGAUGGAUCAACUCUUACAUUAUCUGCUAUCAAGACAGGAAUGACCAAGGACGAUCCCAUCAACUAUUUUGAGUAGAGUCCACACAAGUUCUACAUCAAGACAAAAUUCAACCUCGCACCUAGGGUUUUUUACUCGCUAAGUACGUCAUGCUACGUCAUUAAUGACGCAGUUGACGAAAAACCUUGUUCCCAGGGUCCUUCUUUUUGUCUUCUGUGUACGACUCAAGAG